UAGUGAAUUGAACUUUAAAUUCAAAACUUCUCUCAAUCUAGUCAGGUAGUUUACAACAUUAAAUGGUAUGCAAUCGCGUUUUAAGCAUUUCUAAUCAUGUUCAAAUCACUUUAGUAUUAUUUUUAAAAUUAUGGUGAUAAUAUAUAGGCAUACUUUAAUUCAAAGUUAUUAUAGCUUUACACAAAAAUGAGGAUAUGUGUUGCUAAUCCAACCAUUUAUUUUGCCAGGGUUCAAAGACAAUUGAGGGUCUUAUCUUAAAUCUCCCUAGACCUUUGAAAACUGAAGCGUUUACAAAUAUGAAGAAUUUGAGAUUGCUCCAAAUCAAUGAUGUAGAUCUUAUGGGAUCUUAUGAACAUCUCUCCAAAGUGUUAAAAUGGCUUAUGGGAUCUUAUGAACAUCUUAUGGGAUCUUAUGAACAUUUCUACUUUUUAUUUAUAUGUUGCACAGAUAUUCAACAAUUUGAAGGUCCUUAAUCUUAGUAAUUCGAAAUCUCUCACAAGAUCACCAGACUUCUCAGAAGUCUCACAACUGGAGAUAUUAUUACUUAAGGGUUGCACAAGCUUGAAUGAGGUUCACGAGUCUAUUGGACUUCAAACAGGACUUGUUUUGCUGGAUUUAGAAGGAUGUGAGAACCUUAGGAAUCUUCCAAGUAGUAUUUCUAAAUUAAAAUCUCUUAAAACUCUUGCCUUGUCUAAAUGCUUUAGUCUUGCGAAAUUACCAAAAGAAUUGGGGAAUAUGAUGGCUUUAACGGAGUUGUAUGUAGAGAACACUGCGAUUAAGCAACUACCAUCCUCCUUUUGCUUUUUGAGUAAUCUCGAAACUUUAUCAUUUUGUGAAUGUGAAUGUCUCAUCGAAUCACCAAAGUUUAUACGAUCCUCACGUCUACAGACACUGAAUCUCAAAGGUUGUACAAGCUUGGUUGAGAUUCAUGAGUCCAUUGGACUUCUAAAAAGACUUGUUAGAUUGGAUUUGCAACGUUGUAAGGAGCUUAAGAAUCUUCCAAGUAGCAUUUGUAACUUGGAUUCUCUUGAAACUCUUUUCUUGGAUGGGUGCUAUAAAGUUGAAGAGUUACCAGAGCAAUUUGGGAAUAUGACGGCUUUAAAAGGGUUAAAUGCGGGGUGGACUGCUAUUAAGCAACUACCAUCCUCCUUUAUCCUUUUGAAGAAUCUCAAAAGUUUAAGUUUUUUUGGAUGUAAAUAUCUCAUCAAAUUACCAGAGUUCUCAGAAACCUCACCUCGAUGCCAUAUGAUAUUUGCAGGUUGUACAAGUUUGGUUGAGAUUCACGAGUCCAUUGGACAUCUAAAAUAUCUUGAUUCACUUGAUUUAAGAGGGUGCAAGAAGCUUAGGAGUCUUCCAAGUAGCAUUUCUAAUUUAGAACGUCUUGGAAUUCUUCUGUUGUCUAACUGCUCAGAACUUGACAAGUUACCGGAACAAUGCGGGAAUAUGCAGGCUUUACGGCAGUUAGAUGCUGCUGGAACUGCUAUUGAGCAACUACCAUCUUCCUUUGGUGAUUUGAGCAAUCUCUGUUGUUUAAACUUAUCGGGAUCCUCACCCAAUAGCUCCAACUGCAUGAGUUUGGUGUCCACUUCUAAAUUAUAUUCAUUGAGAGAGCUAGAUCUCAGUAACCGCAAUUUGUCUGAUGAUGAGUUUCGCAUUGAAUUUGAAUGUUUUUCUUCACUUAGAAAUUUGACAUUAUCAAGAAACAAUUUUCGUAACCCACCUAGUUUCAUCAGCUGCCUUCCUAACUUAAAAGCAUUGGAUUUGAGUGAGUGUACUAGUCUUCAAUCAAUUUCACUUCCCGAAACUGUAAUGGAAUUGAAAGCACAUGGCUGCACAUCAUUAGAAAGAAUUGAUGUGCAAAGAAUCUCAAUUCUGAAGAAUAGGAGUUCAAAAUAUUUAGACGUUGACAACAACAGAAAUUGGGGAUCGAUGUUUAUCCUUAAUAAUUGCCGCAAACUGGUUGAGAUUCAAAAUUUGGAGAGGUUGCGAUGUGUACCAGAAUUGGUUAUGAUGGAAAGCUGCAACAAUCUAUCAUCGGAAUCUAAAGAAAGUGUUUUCCAGAUGAUGUGCAAGGCAGAUUACUGUUGUUCCGGUCUCUUUCCCGGAAGUGAGAUUACAAAUUGGAUUAGCCAUCAGGCAAUGGGUUCUUUAGUAUCUUUCCGUGUACCUUCGUCUUUGGAUGGUCGUAAAAUCAGCAAGGUGCGUUUAUGCAUUGUUUAUGCAGCAAACAAGGAAGCACCAGCGUUGGGUGAUAGGAGUUGGUUCAGUUGGAGAUUAUGUAAUAAAAGUUCUAGAGACCAGUCCACCGAUUGGUAUUACCUUAUGCCAGGUGUGUCUUCUAGAACAGCACUAAAUGUUGAUAUCUUUGAGGAUCAAAUACAUGCACAAGUGAUGGCUUGGCGCUAUUGCUUUGGGUACCCACCAAAUAGAAUUACGAUGAAAAGUGGAGAUGAAAUAGAGGUCGCCAUCGAUCUAAAGAAAGGGUACAAACCUUAUAUGUGUGGAAUUGAUCCGCCAAUUGUGGAAGUGAAGAGCUGUGGAAUUGGUUUUGUACUUGAUGGUGAUGAUCCAAGUGUUACAGAUGAUGAUGAGAUCUCUGAAAGUGAAAGUGAAAGUGAAAGUGAGGAGGAUUCACGAUUGUAGCCAUCCCUCAGCAAAUUCAGACCACAAUUCCUCCCAAAUAUAUGACAGACAGUCAUGGCUGUUAAAAAAGCGAAUUGGUGAAAUGCAUGAGAAACCGUUUCUGGCUGUCACUCAAAUUCCCUCACAGACCGCAUCUGUCUGGCUUAAGCUGCUGCCACGCAUUCGUUCCUCACCACCGCUCUUGCUCUUGACUCGUCCACUCAA